CUACCCCCACAUGGAAAAACUCAACCAAUCUUAUUGACAAAUUUCAUGUCUCCCUCUAUUUAGUAUUUGUAGGGUCUUUCUCUUUCUCUCCUUCUUUUUCUUUCCUCGUAAGAACACAAAGGAGAAAGAAAAGCUUAAAAGCAGCAUAUAAAGAAAAGAGUUAUUUUUUUUUGUUCUCUCUGCAAAAACAAAGAAUGGAAGACCCUGAAAGGCUUACAUCAUCUAACAGUCCAACAACCACAAUUAGCUCCGACUCUAUCCAUUCACCCGAAUUCGAAUUUUGGAUGGUCCGAAACCCAUCUUUUCCUCAACCCAAUCAGCUCUCUGCCGAUGAACUCUUCUCCCAUGGCGUCCUCCUCCCAUUAGACCUCCUUCAAAAUGAACCAAAUGUUAUUUCGCCUGAACCAUCCGGGUCGGGUCGACCCGAAACUGAAUCUGGGGUUGAGCCUUCUGCUGCGAUAGUCAACUCGUCCGGUGGAGGAGGUUCUUUCACCUCCUCGAAGCGAUGGAAGGAUAUAUUCAAGAAAACUGAGAAGAAAGAUAGUAAUGAGGAGAAUUGUAGAGAGAAGAAAAAGGAGAAGAAGAAAGAGAAAAAACUUGUUGGGGGAAGCAAUGGGGUGACUGGGGCGGAGUUGAACAUUAACAUUUGGCCCUUUUCGAGGAGUAGAUCCGCCGGAAACGGAGGAAGUAGGCCUCGGGUUACGGGUGGAUCCGGAUUACCGACGCGAAAGGUGAGUAGUGCUCCGUGUUCCCGGAGCAACUCCGCCGGUGAAUCCAAGUCACGGAAAUGGCCCAGUAGUCCCAGUCGUGGUGGGGUUCAUUUGGGCCGGAGCAGCCCAGUUUGGCAGGUACGACGGAGCUCUAUUAACCCAGGAUCCGGUACCCGGAGCUCCGAUAACCUCGUCAAAACUACUGAAAAAGCAAUCAGAAAAGAAGCCUCCCAGAAAGAAAGCAGCACCAAAAAGGUAGUAACUAAAAAAGAAGGCGUUGAAGUCCGCCGGAAAUGGUCGUCAGCGGCGGCCGGAGGUGGGCCUAAAACUAGAGUCUUAAACUUGAAUGUCCCUAUGUGCAUUGGUUACAGGAAUCAGUUAGGUUGCAGAAGUGAUGAAAAUAGUGCCAUCAAUAUCGCCGCCGCCACCGGAGUCGGUGAUGAUCAGAAUGGUAGCAGCACAGUCACCGGUGAAGGGGUACGUGGCAGUAACUUAUUUAAUAUCAAAAGCCUAUUUACUAAAAAAGUAUAUUAAAUUAAAUAGUGGCAAAUCCAAAGUAAUUACACACUUUUUGAGUUAUUUGUUAGUGUAUCUAUCAUUAUCCUAUUCUAUAUAUUCUCCUAUGUAACUUUUUCGUAAUGUAAAGUCCUAACUUUUGACGUUUGCAAUGUAAUAUUUGGCCCUCAGUUUGGUCAACAUACUGCCCUAUUGCUAUUCAAUUUGUAUAAUUUUGCCUACUUUAGUA